UCCCCGGUGCCGUGCCCGGCCCCGUGCUGCCCCGGGAGCGCCGAGCGGCCCCGGCAGCACCCAGCUCCCAUGCGCCCAGCCGUGCCCAGCUGCCUGUCCCCGGCCCGGCCACCCCGUGUCCUGCCGUGUCCCCGCAGUCGAUAUCGCAGCGGGGUCCAGCCGAGCCCGGGGCACCCGCACAUCCCGGGACCCUGCCCCGGCCCCCGGCUCUGCCCCGCCGCGGGCGAGGUCGCGGUGACAAAGGCACGGCGAGGUCGUGGUGACCCCGCCACUGCCCUGGGGACAUUUGUCCCCUACUCCCUGCCGGAGCCCGUGGACUUUGAGCCGAGCUGGGAGCGGCGCUGGGACGCGUCUGGGGCGCUGGCAUCGCCCCAAAGCUCCCCGAGAUCUGCGGACUGCAGGGAGAAGGUGCAGAGCCCCAGGGAGCAGCUGGAGCAGAGACACAGCCAUUGCCUGCCCCAGCACCCCUGUCCCAGCCAGGGGGACACACCCUGAGCCUGCCCUGACUGUGCCAGCACCCCGUGAGGAGCCGGUGGCACCACCAUGUCCCAGGCAGAAGGAGCUGAGGAGGCCUUUGAACACCGUGACGUGGUCAUCAACAGCCAGGACAAGGUUUCGGAUGUGUACACGCAGCUGGAGAAGCUGGGGGAGGGGAAAUUCGGGACUGUGUACCGGCUGCAGGAAAAGGCCACGGGCAGAAUCCGGGCUGGGAAGUAUUUCCGGACGCGCACGGCGAGGGAGAGGCAGGCGGCGCGGGCCGAGGUGGAGCUGAUGAACCUCCUGCACCACCCGCGCCUCGUGCAGUGCCUCGACGCCUUCCAGGGCCCCGCCGAGCUCGUGAUGGUCAUGGAGUACGUGGCAGGCGGGGAGCUCUUUGAGCGCAUCGUGGACGACGACUUCGAGCACACGGAGCCCAGCAGCGCCCAGUACGUGCGGCAGAUCCUGGAGGGGCUGCACUUCAUGCACGGCCAGGCCAUCGUCCACCUGGACCUCAAACCCGAGAACAUCGUCUGCGUCAGCCCCGGCAGCCACCGGGUCAAGAUCAUCGACUUCGGCUUGGCACGGCGGCUGGCUGCAGGCACCCCUGUGAAGGUGCUGCACGGCACCCCCGAGUUCAUGGCUCCAGAAGUGGUCGCCUUUGAGCCCGUGAGCUUCUCCACAGACAUGUGGAGCGUCGGUGUCAUCUGCUACAUCCUGCUGAGUGGGGAGUCACCCUUCCAGGGGGACACUGACAUGGAGACCCUGAGCAAUGUCACAGCUGCCCAGUGGGACUUUGAUGAGGAGACCUUCUCGGAGAUCUCCCAGCAAGCCAAGGACUUCAUCAGCCAGCUGCUGCAGAAGGAGCCCUGCCGGCGGCUCCCCAGUGCAGGGGCUCUGCUGCACCCCUGGCUGCAGCAGCCCCAGCCCAGCAGCCCCAAGGUGCUGUCCAAGGAGAGGAUCAGGCAGUUCCUGGCACGGAGGAAGUGGCAGAAAACAGGGAAAGCCCUGCUGGCUCUCAAGAGGCUGACCCUGCUGUCCCAGAGCCUGGAGGGGAAGGCGUCAGAGGCUCAGGAUGAGGAAGGCCUGGGAGAUGAGGAACAGCCCUGCAGGGCUCUGCCCCAGCCAGGUGCCAGCCCCUCGGAGCUGCUGCCAGACCAGGAGGAGGAGGAGGAGGAUGGUGGCAGCACGGCAGCCUCAGGGCAGUGACAGCGUGGCCCUGUCACCCCCACCCUGGAGCACCUAGAGGUGGGCAUGGUGCCCCUCCAGCAGCUCCCAGCGUGGGCUGGCCAGCCUGGGGCAGAGCCAGACCCCCCUGGGGCUGAGCUCGGGGGUCCCUGGGCUGCUGUCCCUGCCAGGACCUGCCACCAAUAAAGCACUGACAAUC